AUGCACGAAUUUGCUCUCUACGGCCUAGUCUCUAGAGAUGACCACGAUCGAACGCUUCAACAGCUAGCUGGCUAUACACGCAUGCAGCCGCAGGAGACAACAGAGAUCCACCUUGUCUUCAAGCCUCGCAAGCCCCUGGGUUUAGACCAUCUCCCCUCUGCCGGCGGGUCUCAAGGGGUUAUGCAGCAGGAUGUCCAGAAAUUGAAGACCAUGCUCAACGCCGGCCUCUACUACAUGCAAUUGAUUGGCGAGAUAGUGCCGCAAAAGUCCCUGGUCACAGAAAAUGGAGAUGUCGCCAUGUCGAACGGCAAUGAUGAUGGUAAGCCCGACACCUCGGCAGUGCGAUGGUCUCUGGAUUUCAAAGACACACCAGAACCGGGGAAACAAGCUGUAAGCACACGACUGGUCUCUCGAAUCCCCAUGAAUGAUGGGAACUUUGUCAAGUUCCUUGAUAACUUCGGUUACGAGUACGUCUCUCGAUACAUGGUGGUUGGUUCUAGGUUCUACGACCAUGACACCAGCCUAUUUGUCCACAAGGUCCUGCGGCUCCCACAAGUGCCUGCAGAUGAGGCACUCCGUGACACCUCGUUUCUCACAAAGACCUCCGAACUUCCAGAACAGGAUGGCUCGGGCGGAUACCUGAUUCAGGCAUCAAUCGAUGUGGUUGAUGGAAACAACCCUGAUCUCAAAGAUCGCGCGACUCGGCAGCUGCUGGCUCUGAAAGAAGCAUUGAGACAGGCAGUCGAGCUGACUCCGGGAGAUCGUUUGGCUCUGGACACACGAGUGCCUUUGACUUCGUAG